UAUGACCUUCAAGUCAUCAACUGCUGCCGCGUGGCAUCACGUUCCAUCCCGACGCCAUGGCUUUACCGAUUGCUCUUCCGUCAACGUCUAGGACGCCAUGGGGUUAUCCCCCCUGCAACAUCAGUACAUUUGCUGGAAAACCCAAAUUGUCAUUUACGCCGCUCGUUAGUGUCUCCCGCCCGUUAGCGUCACACCCGCCGCGCCUUCGCGUUUCCGCCUCUUCCUCCAACUCCGAUGAUAAAAUUUCUCCUGCGGAAAUUUCCUCUGCCACGUCGCUGCCUUCCAAACCUGACGCUAAUGACGUCAGGUCAGCGCCAACUGAACGGGUUACCGACUCUGGCGGGCAGACCCAGUCAUCUGCCACGUCAUCAGCCGGCCGGUCCCGACGCUCGGCGGAUUCGACGGACUGGAUAGCUUCGGCAGUGACGCGGAGGUUCGGCAUCGGCGCGGGGCUGGCGUGGGUGGGAUUCCUGGCGUUCGGAGUGGUCUCGGAGCAGAUUAAGACGCGCCGCGAGGUGUUCCUGGAGGAGAGCAACACGAGGGAUGUGGAGGAUGCAGAGGAGACAGUGCUGCCCAACGGAGUGCGGUUCAUCGAUCUGCGAGUGGGGGGAGGCGCCAUGCCCCAGAAGGGAGACCUGGUGCUCGUCUCCCUGACAGGCCGCGCCUCGUUACCAGGACAAGCCGAGCCCGUUACAUUCAUAGACACUUCAGCGCCAGGGGCGCGUGACCUGGUGUUCUCGUUUGGCGUUCGGCCGUUCGCCAAGGGGAUGACGGAGGGGCUGGUGUCGGCCAUGGCGACUAUGCGGGCGGGCGGCAGGAGAAAUGUUUUCGUGCCCGCAGAUCGCGGGAACGGGCAGGGCGGCGGCGAAACGAUUGACAGCGGGGUUGCUGUCCCGGAUGGUGCUACCUUGGAGUAUGUGAUAGAGCUCAAACGCGUGUCCAUCCCUCCAUCUUAGGGCUUGGCGCUCUUGGCAGGGCUACACUGUAGUACCGGUGUCUAAUCCAAUGCACGUCCUGUGUGCAUUCGGAUUGGAGGUGGGGCUGCUGUCCAGGGAGGCGUGCAGUCGUUUUUCAGAAUUGACUCUGAUGUCAAUAAUGGCUGCUGUCCAGUCCAGGAGGUGCUGCCGCGGUGGUAUUGAGCUGAAGCGCGAUGUGUGACGUGACGUGUGUGACCACUGUCCAUUGUCCAUUCCCCCAUGGAAGAGGAUCUGUCGUUUAGGCAGGGAUGCCCUGUGGUACACGGAUGCCCUGUGGCACACGGAUGCCCUGUGGUACACGAUGCCCUGUGGUACACGGAUGCCCUGUGGUACACAGAUGCCCUGUGGUACAUGGAUGCCCUGUGGUACACGGAUGCCGUGCCGAGCACCUCAUGCAUGGGUUUGAAGGCCGUGAUGUUGCUUCUGGACGUGCAAUGCAAUCCAUGCAGCCAUGUCGGAGAUGCCAGUCAUGGGGUACUCGCUCACUCAGGUCUCACUCAACUCCACUGACAUGGCGUGGUCCAUAGUUACAUAUCGUUCUCGACUUGAGAGCCACUGCCGUAUAAUCCGCAGAUGGUUUGGUAGAUCUA